UUGCCCUCUUCUGCCGUCCGACUCUGCUUCAGAUCCCCCAAUCAUUUUCCUCUUCUCUGUCAAUUCCAAAUUCCCCCAAAACCAGUCAAAACCCUUCUCCGGCUCCGGCGACGAUGACCAACUACGGCACCAUUCCGACUUCCUCCUCCUCCUCCUCUCCCGGCGUCGCCGCCAACCUCGAGUACAUCUCCCGCGCCAAACAGCGCUUCAAAGACGGCCUCGGCCACCGCCGCCCAUGGAGGCUCAUGGCCGAUUACCGCUCCUUCACUCUCCCUUCCAACCUCCACGACACUCUCGCUCGGAUCAGAACCAAUCUCUCUUACUUCCGUAUGAAUUACGCCAUCGUCUUCCUCGUGAUUCUGUUCUUCAGCCUCCUCUGGCAUCCGAUUUCCCUAAUCGUCCUCGCCAUCAUGAUGGCCCUAUGGCUCUUCCUCUACUUCCUCCGCGACGAGCCUCUGAUUCUCGUCGGCCGCGUGAUUGAAGAUUGGAUCGUUCUCCUGAUUCUGUCGCUCCUCACCAUCGGAUUCUUGUUCUUGACAAACGCCACGCUCAACAUUGUGAUCGCGCUGCUGAUUGGUGCCGUCCUCGUGGUCGCGCACGCCGCCGUGAGGAAGACGGAGAAUCUUUACUUGGACGAAGAAGCUGCUGGAUUGAUUGUGCCUGGAUCGUGAUCGUAAUCGCAACUACUGCUACUGCAUCUUCAUCUUGAUUUGUAGAGGUUAUUCCAUCUUCUUCUUCUUCGAUUUCUUUUCCAAUUGAAAAUUGAUGAAAUCAUGUAGUUCUGUUCCGUUCUGUUCGAUUUCUGCUUUCCAAUUCCACUUAAUUUUUCAUUUUUGUGAUCAAAAUAGGGUUUCUCUUUCUUUCUUUCUUUUCUUUUUCAUUUUUCUUUUCUGAUUCUCUCUGGUGACAGUUUAUGUUGAGUUGUAAUUGUUGACUCUUUUUUUUCGCUUGAUUUUGAUUUGUGAUUUCAAUGUUGAAUUGGAUAACCCAACUAUAUCUCCUUUUAUUCA